CCCCUCUUCCCCCCUCCCGACCACCUCAUUCGCCUACUCCUAGCGCCAGUAGCUCCAGCAGGUCUCUUCGGAGCCCUGAGGUCGUCGUCGUCGUCGCUGCCAUCGACCAGGCAAGAAAGCGCCGAGACCGUGGCUACCUGAAGUCUCACCGGCUUCAGAUUUGGUACCGCGAGGAACUGUGGAUGCAAAACAGCGACACGCCAACAAAGUCAAGUCGCCUCCCUUCCUCUUCUCUUCCUCUUUCCUCGUCAUCCUCAUUGUGCGUCCUUCGAUCGUCACAGACCAUUCUCACCGCUGGCGGUUCCCCGGUCAGAGACAAGUCGAAGCCUCACGUCCAGUUGCAGCAACAGGCUCAACGUCCUCGUCCUCGUCAAUCCUCAAGUCCAACUUUUUAUUGCCUUGAAGACGGCGACCUCACACCUCGAAAACUCAAAUCGCUUAUCACGACUCCUUCAAGUCAGCCCGUCACAAUCAGCAGCGCCCGUCGUGGCCGUCCAUCGAGUAAAAGGCCUCGUUCCAGCAAGUCCACCCCUCAUCUUCGCGCAAACGACGUCUUCGCUACGCCAAAGAUGGAGUCAAGCGGCAGAAACUCGUCCAGGCUAGGGCGUCGUAGUGAAGUGGGCCUUCGCUCCACUUCGUCCGCUUCCAAUCACCAUCCAACCUCGAGCACACCUCGCAGGCAGACGAUGACAUCCCCGUCGCACCCCUCACCGCCCUCGCAGCUUGGAGUGGCAGCCAAGUCUCGACGCAGCGAAGCUCACGCGCAGGAGAUGGAUCAAUUGCGCGCUCAGUCUCGUGCAGGCUUCUCCAGCAGAGCAGGGCACGACGAAGACUCGGACGACGAUUAUGAUGAUCGCGGCGAAGGGUCGUCUGCGAGACCUGCAUCGAGGAGACAUACCACAACUUAUCGUAAUGGCCCUCGCGUGACAUCCCCACUCAGCAGAGCCACCGAGCUAUCAAGCAGCGGCGGACAUGAUACUGCAGAGACAGAGCGGACGCAUCGGCCAGUCGGCAGCCGGCGAGCGACAGCAUCGAUGUCACCUCAAUCGCAGACUCUGCCCUAUCUCCCGUCCAGCGGGUCGAGGCAUCAGCCCAUCCCCGACGAGUUCUUCCCAUCCGAUCGGCGUACAAGACAAGGCUCAGAGGAAACGGUCCUCAAUCGUCCAUCGGACAUUGCAGCAGAUACGCCUGGUCCUCGCUCUGCGUCACGCAGUCGCAAUCGACGACGACAUGCUUCUGAUGCGCAAGCAGACGACAUCCCGUCAUUCGACUACGAGGGAAGGGCCGGCUUGGGCCUCGCAAAGCUAUCCGUCGACGCUUCGUCUGCGAAACGCCACCUCGCAGCCGCCACUAGAGCACGCACGACGAGUGGCCCGCACGCUUCAGCAGCAGUAGCGGCCACUACAAUGGGCCUCUCCCCACGCCUUGGGAUGCAAGAUCUUCUCGAAAUGUCGCCGCACGAAGCUGGGCUACGAGCGAGAGGCAUGUCCGUAGCAUCUCCGGCAUCUGGAGCGCGUCCUUCCUCGCGCCUGAGCUCGGGCGGCGGAGGCAACGACCCAUUUGAUGACAACAGCAUGCGGUCGCCCACGCUGCGAGCCAGGCCAGACCUACCGCCUGAGGCGCUCGAGCGAGUGCGAGCUCUACGUCUGAGACAGGAGGCGUUGCAUGCUGUUCCCCUCUCCUCACGCACAAACAAGGAGGGCGGUAGCGGUGCUGCUCAUUCCUCAACCGUGGGCAGCGCAAUAGAUGAUGUGCGAGCUCGGAUAGAGGACAUCGACAUCCGUGGCUCUGCCAUCUCCACCGCAUCACGCAGCUCCUCUGUCAUCAGCUCAGCGCCACGUCCUCGAGCUCAUACUGCUCAAGUGGAUCGACAACGUCUACUUGCAGAGCAGCAGCGGGCCAAUGCCCCGUCAAGCGAGCCGCGGCAUCGUGUUGAGGACUCAGCGCAGCUCCGCCCCAACGGUCUCUCUCACGAGCCCCUCCGUCGCUAUGCAUCACAUGCUGCUUUCCCAUCCACGCCAGACGUCGCAGCUCAUUCUACAUCACACCGUCCAGCCAGUCGCUUCUCUACCUUCUCCCGCGGCGUAACCCCUGGCCCGGUCCUCACCUCAACCUCCUCCGCAACCAAACGAGGCGCAGGCGCAACAACAGCUCACGAGCGGAAUCUCCUUGUCGCUUUCGACCUCUUCGAGCGCAAUUUUGGCGGGACGGAUGUGUCUGUCCACACCUCACCCACUGCUGCGCGCUUGUUCGGCCCAGAGUCGGGCGAUCUGGUCGAGAAGGCCAGAGGCUUCCUUGAUACGGUCACGACACUCAACGCCGGAUUGAGGGACGUGGCCCAAUUUGUGAUCCAGCGCGAGAUAGAUGCGGAGGUUGAUGCAAGCCUAGAUGUACCUGUAGGAGGAGGCGCCUCGUCAGCGAGCGGACCUGCCUCUUCUACCCUAUCCAUACUCAAGGACCUGGAUUCGGCCGUGGGCUCCUUGGUGAAAUACAGCGACAAUCAGGUGCGCAAUCUUGGAGAGCUUCUUCAUUCGUUCACGCGAGCCGACAGGGAGAGGACCAGAGCGAUGCGCGUUGCUGCCGGGGCCGGCGAAUACGACAGACCUGAGUCGCGGAUGUCUGCUCGCACUGGGACACCGACAACGGUCAACAAUUGGAGCCCGACGAGGCGUGGGGGAUCCCUACGGAGGGGGGCGACCUUGGGCAGUGCAGGAGCGAUCACGAUGGAUGGGAGCAGUAUUUCAGGUAGUCGACGCGCGGGUAGCGUGGCAGGUAGUGUGAGCCAGGCACCCACAUCAGGCCUGCGCAGAGAGACUCGAGACAUUCGCCAAGCCACAGCAAGCAGCGUAGCAGGCAGUGACUACGGCAGUGUCGACCGACGCUCCAGCAUCUACCGCAGUGGGGAUCGUGGCAACGCGAGCAGUAGUGUUGCUGGCAGCUCCGUCGCGAACGGCAUCGCACCUGACGACCCUCGCACUAGCCCCACUAUGAAUAUCAGCUCCCACCAAUCGCAGCAUCGCCCGCGUAACAGCGCUGUCGCUGGCGGCAACCAGGGUCAGCAACACGGUCGCUCUUACUCGGAGCUCUCCCCCGGCCCACUCAGUACCGCAGACGAGCGCUUCCCCUCGACGAGACAGCGCUUGGACUUCUUGAAGCAGAGGAGGGAGAGGGAGCGUGAGCAGCGGGAACAAGAGAGGAACAGCCCGGCGACGAUCGGUCGCGCCGGCACCUUGCCGCUUCGCAGGCCUAAGCUCUCCGAUCCAAGCGUCGCCACAGCCAUUGCCGCCUCGUCCAACAUGCACGCAAUGAGCGAUGGACCCGUCGCCUACUCUCGAAACCACCUCGAGGAUGGUGACAGCGACUACAACAACGCCCUGAGCGGCGACUCGGCCGUCGACAGCGCACGUGGGGGUGAGACGCCUCGCCUAGGCAUGAAUAUGAAGACCAGCCGAGACGAGAUGCCUCCCCCUCCCCCUGCCUUCAGGCAUCUGCAGCGUGCAACUUCAAGGGUGGGUCUGGGGAUGGACAGCCCAAUUGCUGCCAAGCAGGAGGACGGAUGGUACUAUUCGCAGCCCCGUAAUCAUGAGCGCCGCGCCAGCUCCGGCACCACUGCCACGCCUGGCUUCUCACCCGGCCUUCCUUCCCCACAACGUCCAUCUCGCAACCCACGACGGUCGAUGAUCCUAACCCGCAGCGAUAGUGCCAGGACGGCAGAAGAUGAGAGUGAAGAAGGAGGUGCAGGGCGUGGUAUGGGCUCGGGGACGUUUGAUGGGCUGUUGGAUGGGUAUGAGAAUAGUGAGGAGGGCGGCCAGUCGAGCCAUCACAGGGCGCAGAGUAUUGCCGGUUACUCACCGCCAAAGGGUCGAGUUGUGGACCUGCAUCAGCAGCAGCACCUCAAGGGGCCGUCAGCUUGGCGUCCUCCCACUGCCAAGGGCGACUUUGUAGGCGGCAGCGGCUCGAACAACUCAGGCAGUCCCUCCUCUGCGACGAAGGGACAUACAAUCAGCGCUCGCACCUCCCUGCGGCAAAGCCUGGCUGCAGCUACUGCUGGUGCUGGAGAGGAGGGAAGAGGGAUGCGAGAGAGUGAAAGGUAGAUGGAAAGAGGGGACACUCGCGUCGAGCAGAGGAUGCUCCGCUCAAUGAAGAAGCAUGAAGGAGGUUGAGAUGGCUUGAUCGACAAAGAUGUAUGUACAACAGCAGAAGCUUCGU